AUGGAAGAAGUCGAAUUAACUAAUAUCGAUGGAAAUAAACCAACCAAUGAUAACAAUAACACAAACAACAACAACAAUGAUGAUCAUCCAGAUGUAGAAGCUUCAACUUCUGCAUUUGAUGCCAUGGCAAAGGACUUGGAGGGACAAUCAGAGCAAAUGAGACUCCAAGAAGAGAAACGUCGUGAUAUUGAGAACGGUGGUGAGUCUUGGGAGACCGAAGAGGAUUUCAAACUGCGUUCCUACUUUGAAAACUCACAGCGUAUGCAUGAAAAUAUCGGUGGUAAACCAAAGCGUAUGGGUAUCUCAAUCCGUGAUCUCACUGUAGUCGGUCGUGGUGCUGAUGUCUCUGUUAUCGCCGAUAUGUUAACACCAUUCGUUUGGUUUGGUUCAUUCUUUACUCCAUCUGGAUGGAGUAAGAAAUCAAAUCAAGUUAAUGGUUUCUGUAAGGAUGGUGAAAUGUUAUUGGUUUUGGGUCGUCCAGGUGCUGGUUGUUCCACUUUGUUGCGUGUUAUUUCCAAUCAACGUAAAUCAUAUAUCGAUGUCGAGGGAAAGGUUACCUAUGGUGGUAUUCCAGCUGAAAAGAUGGCUCGUUACAGAGGUGAAGCUAUCUACACUCCAGAGGAAGAUACCCAUCACCCAACCUUGACAGUCCGUGAAACAUUAGAUUUCACACUCAAGUGUAAAACUCCAUCUGAAAAGAUGAGACUUCCAGAUGAAACCAAACGUAAUUUCCGUACAAAGAUGUUUGAUCUUUUACUUAAAAUGUUUGGUAUUGUACAUCAAGCUGAUACAAUUGUUGGAAAUGAAUGGAUUAGAGGUUUAUCAGGUGGUGAACGUAAAAGAAUGACCAUUACAGAGGCAAUGGUUAGUUCUGCUUCAGUGACGGCAUGGGAUUGCUCGACUAGAGGUUUGGAUGCAGCAUCUGCAUUGGACUAUGCCAAGUCGUUGCGUAUCAUGUCAGACACACUGAAAAAGACAACGGUCGCUUCUUUCUAUCAGGCAUCCGAUUCAAUCUAUAAUCUUUUCGAUCGUGUGAUGAUUCUCGAGAAGGGACGUUGUAUUUUCUUUGGACCCAUCGACCAAGCCAAGCAAUACUUUUUGGAUUUGGGUUUCGACUGCGAACCACGUAAGUCCGUACCCGAUUUCUUGACUGGUGUCACCAAUCCACAGGAGCGUAAGAUCCGUCCGGGUUUCGAGGGCAAGAUUCCCGAGACUUCCGCCGAUUUCGAGGCGGCAUGGCACGCAUCGCCACUCUACCAGGCGGCAUGCAACGAGCAAGCGGAAUACGAACAGCAAGUCGCCACCGAGAAGCCGGACAUCGAGUUCCGUCAACAGGUCAAAGCCGAGAAGUCCAAGACCACUCGUAAGGGCGGUCCUUACACCACCUCUUUCAUCACCCAGGUGAUGGCACUCACCAUUCGUCACUUCCAAAUUAUCUGGGGUGACAAAUUCUCUAUUGUCUCACGUUAUUUCUCUGUUAUUGCACAAGCUUUCAUUUACGGAUCGGUUUUCUACCAACAAGGUAUGGAUGCCGCCGGUAUUUUCACUCGUGGAGGUUGUAUUUUCUCGACUAUGUUGUUCAAUGCUUUCUUGUCACAGGGUGAGCUGCCCAUGACUUUUAUGGGUCGUCGUAUUCUCCAGAAGCAACGUGCCUACGCCAUGUAUCGUCCGGCUGCAUUCCACGUCGCUCAAGUCGUAACCGAUCUACCAAUUAUCUUCCUCCAAGUAUUCCUCUUCUCGAUUAUCGCUUACUUUAUGUUUGGUCUGGAAUAUGAUGCCGGUAAAUUCUUUGUUUUCUGUUUCAUCUUGAUCGGUUUGUCGCUGGCCUGUACCAACUUGUUCCGUGCUUUCGGUAACUUCUGUCCAUCGAUGUACGUCUCUCAGAACAUUCUCGUUGUCUUCCUUAUUAUGAUGGUUACCUACGCAGGUUACACCGUUCCAUACGACAAGAUGCAUCCAUGGUUCCAAUGGUUCUUCUGGAUCAAUCCAUUCUCCUACGCUUUCAAGGCGUUGAUGGCCAACGAGUUCAAACAUCAAAUCUACGAGUGUUCGAAAUCCGCCAUUCCCUACGGACCACACUACGAACAAAACUAUCCAAACAAUCGUAUUUGUGGAAUUUCUGGUUCGGUCCAGGGUGAAUAUGAAGUCACGGGUGAAACCUACUUGAAGUCCGCUCUCCACUUCAAGACUAGUGAUAUGGCACUCAACACCGUCGUUGUCUACCUCUGGUGGUUGCUCUUCACUGCUUUGAACAUGAUUGCUAUGGAGAAGUUCGAUUGGACUGCCGGUGGUUACACUCACAAAGUCUACAAGAAGGGCAAGGCUCCAAAGAUGAACGAUGUCCAAGCCGAGAAGGAAAUGAAUCAACUCGUCCAACAGGCUACCGAGAACAUGAAGGAUACUCUUAUUCUCCACGGUGGUGUUUUCACCUGGCAAGAUAUCAAAUACACCGUUCCAGUCCCAGAAGGAACACGUUUGUUGUUGGACAAUGUCGAAGGUUGGAUCAAACCAGGUCAAAUGACUGCUUUGAUGGGUGCAUCCGGUGCCGGUAAGACUACAUUGCUCGACGUUCUCGCCAAGCGUAAAACCAUUGGAACGAUCGAGGGUCAUUCCUACUUGAAUGGUAGACCAUUGGAAAUCGAUUUCGAACGUAUCACUGGUUACGUAGAACAAAUGGAUGUCCACAAUCCAGCUCUCACCGUUCGUGAAUCUCUCCAAUUCUCUGCACGUCUCCGUCAAGAACCAAGCAUUUCACUCGAAGAGAAAUACGCCUACGUCGAACGUGUCCUUGAAAUGAUGGAAAUGAAACAUCUCGGUGAUGCGUUGAUCGGUGACUUGGAGUCGGGUGUCGGUAUCUCUGUUGAGGAGCGUAAGCGUCUCACCAUCGGUGUCGAACUCGUCGCCAAACCACACAUUCUCUUCCUUGACGAGCCAACCUCUGGUCUCGAUGCCCAAUCCUCCUACAAUAUUAUUAAGUUCAUUCGUAAGCUUGCCGACUCUGGUAUGCCAUUGGUAUGCACUAUUCAUCAACCUUCAUCCGUACUCUUUGAACACUUUGACCGUUUGUUGCUUCUCGCCAAGGGUGGAAAGACCGUCUACUUUGGUGACAUCGGAGCAAGAUCCAAGACUCUGACUGCCUAUUUCGAGAGAAACGGUGUACGUCCAUGCACAGAAAACGAGAAUCCAGCCGAGUAUAUUCUCGAGGGUAUCGGUGCAGGUGUCCACGGUAAGUCUGACGUCGACUGGCCAGCCGCAUGGAAGUCGUCGCCAGAGUGCGCAGCCGUGCACGCCGAACUCGCCAGUCUUGAAAAGACACACGUUGCUUCCACCGACGACGGUGAGAAGGCUCGAGAGUUUGCCACUGGUUCCAUGUACCAAACCUGGGAGGUCUACAAGCGUAUGAACUUAAUCUGGUGGCGUGAUCCAUACUACUCGUUCGGUCGUUUCGUCCAAGCCGGUCUUGUCGGUCUCAUCAUUGGUUUCACCUACUACGAUCUCCAAGAUUCUUCAUCCGACAUGUUGUCUCGUGUUUUCAUUAUUUUCCAAGCACUCAUCUUAGGUAUUAUGUUGAUUUUCAACGCACUCCCACAGUUCUUCAUUCAACGUGAGUACUUCCGUCGUGACUAUGCCAGUAAAUUCUAUUCUUGGUUCCCAUUCGCUCUCUCGAUUGUACUGGUGGAAAUCCCAUACCUGUUGGUCACCGGAACCAUUUUCUUCGUCGCACUCUACUGGACUGCCGGUCUCGAAUACAACUCGGACACUGGAUUCUACUUCUGGUUCAUGUUUAUGAUGUAUCUAUUCUUCUGUGUCAGCUUUGGACAAGCGUUGGCUGCCGUCUGUAUCAAUAUGUUCUUUGCCAUGAUUAUCGUACCACUCUUGAUUAUUUUCUUCUUCUUGUUCUGUGGUGUCAUGACUCCACCAAAGGAUCUUCCAACCUUCUGGCGUUCUUGGAUGUAUCCACUCAAUCCUUGUCGAUAUUUCCUGGAAGGUAUAGUUACGAAUGUGUUGCGUUAUGUCCAAGUUAAAUGCACAGAUGAAGAUCUAUUUAAAUUUGAUCCACCUGCUGGAAUGACUUGUGGAAAUUACACCUCCGAAUUUAAUACCUACAAGCUAUCUGGUUACAUUGACAAUCCAGAUGCUACUUCUCAAUGUGGAUACUGUACCUACAACAACGGUCCGGAGUACUACGAAAAUCUCGAUUGGUCAUUCGACAACAGAUGGCGUAACUUUGGUAUUCUCACUUGUUACUGGGUAUUUAACACUGCCCUCGUUAUCUUAUUCGUCUACUUGACCAGAAAGGCAACCAGAUAA